AAGUGCACAUGGUCACACCAGAGCCUCACCAACUCUCUUCCUCCCAAGGAAAUAAUAAAGCUGGAGCAGAAAGAGAAACAGAGUGAGGAAUAGAGUUGGGGAGAGAAAUAAUGGCGAUGACAGGAGAGAAACCCCGAGAAAUGGAGAAUCUAGAGAAUGGCACGGAAGCGGAACCAGAAAUCAAGUAUAGGGGGUGGAAAGCCAUGCCAUAUGUCAUAGGGAACGAGACAUUCGAGAAGUUGGGAACCAUCGGCACGGCGGCAAACCUGCUGGUCUACCUCACCACCAUCUUCCACUUGAAGAGUGUCACCGCGGCCACCACCCUCAAUAUUUUCAAUGGGACCACCAACUUAGCUCCUCUUCUUGGAGCCUUCCUCUCGGACACUUAUUUGGGCCGCUACAUCACUUUGGGAUGUGCUUCUGUUUCUUCACUAUUGUUUUCUUCGUUGAAGGGCAUGCUUAUUCUCACUCUCACUGCUGCAAUCUCAAAGCUGCACCCUCCCAAGUGCGACCAAGGCCAACACUGCAUAGGCCCCUCCCCAGUGCAGCUUGCCGUCCUCCUCUGUAGUUUUGGUUUGUUAGUGAUCGGUGCUGGAGGCAUUCGGCCGUGCAACCUAGCCUUUGGUGCAGACCAAUUCAACCCACAUACAGAGUCGGGGAGGAGGGGCAUCAACAGCUUCUUCAAUUGGUACUACUUCACGUUCACAGGAGCCAUGAUGAUCUCUUCCACCUUUAUCAUCUACAUCCAAAGCAACGUGAGCUGGGCACUGGGUCUGGCCAUCCCCACCAUCCUCAUGUUCCUCUCCUGCACUCUCUUCUUCCUUGGGACUAGACUAUAUGUGAAAGUGAAGCCCGAGGGAAGCCCCCUCACCAGCAUUGCCCAAGUCUUGGUAGUGGCAUUUAGAAAACGAGGGUUGAAGCAACCUGAUGAUCCGAAGACGUCUCUCUUCAAUCCUCCCCAUCAUAGUUCUCUCGUUUCCAAGCUUCCAUACAGCGAUCAAUUCAGGCUUGUUGACAAGGCUGCGAUCAGAACUCCCAUGGAUGAAGUCAAACCAAAUGGCGACGCUGCAAAUCCAUGGAGACUUUGCAGUCUCCAACAGGUUGAGCAGGUAAAAUGUUUAGCAAGAAUCAUUCCCAUAUGGGCUACAGGCAUCAUCCUCUAUGUUGCAAUUGUCCAAGAGACGACUUUCGUGGUCUUUCAAGGCCUUCAAGCUGAUAGACAUUUUGGGAAGAGUAAAUUUCAAAUACCAGCUGCUUCUUUCACGGUCUUCGCCAUGCUAGCGUUAACAAUUUGGAUACCUGUUUAUGAUCGCAUUCUAGUCCCAUGGCUUCGAAGAGUUACCGGUAAAGAAGGUGGCUUCACAUUACUCCAGAGGAUGGGAAUUGGAAUUGUUCUCUCGGUGGUUGCCAUGAUUGUCUCCGGACUCGUGGAAGAGCGGAGGAGGAGUUAUGCCCUUCACCGACCCGCCCUCGGGACUGCACCGAGUGGUGGUGCGAUAUCAUCCAUGUCUAGUUUCUGGUUGGUACCACAGCUGGUGCUUCUGGGUCUUGCUGAGGCUUUUAAUUUGAUCGGCCAGGUUGAGUUCUACUACAAACAGUUUCCUGAAAACAUGAGAAGCCUUGCUGGAGCUGUGCUCUUCUGCGGGAUGGCAUGUGCUAAUUACUUGAGUGGCUUCAUGGUGACGGUAGUUCAUCAAACAACAGGUCACAAUGGGAAAGAUAAUUGGUUAGCCAGCGACCUAAACCAGGGAAGAUUGGACUAUUUCUAUUACUUGAUUGCUUUAAUGGGAGUAGUCGACUUCCUAUUUUUUAUUGUUUUUGCAAACUGGUAUAGAUACAAGGGUUUAGAAGAUGGCUCCGAGAUCGCAUUGGAGAAAAGCAACUCAAAAUCUUCUCUUGUUUCAACUAGAACCGAGUGACGAGACAUACUUGUUUUGUACUGUAUGAUGAUAUUCUACUUGUCACAAUAUUGAUAGAAAAUAUAAAUGAAACCGGCCAAUUAGUUUGCAGAUAUU